GCGAGGCCGGGUGCCUACCUGGGCCCAGGUGUGCUCCGCUCAGCAGCAUCUCCCGGUCUCUCGGUGCGCGAGAUGGAGUGCGCCACGGAGGCGUCGGGAGGAGACCCGGGCGGGGCCGAGCUCCCAAUGGAGCCCUUGACAAGCCAGGUGCCGGGGCCGGAGCAGCCGCAGCCGCAGGUCCCCGCGGAGAAGCGACGUGCGGAGAGUCCCGAGGGCAACCCGGCUCUAGCCAGGGCCGUGAGGGAGGCGGCGGGCGCAGGCCAGGAGCUCGUCGGCGGGAAGAAGCUGCCUCGCCCCUCGCUCCUGCGGCUGCCGCCCCCCAGCCUCGGCUACGGCGCUUUCCGCCGCCAGGCGUCAGCGGGCGCCGAGCCGCCGUCGCCCGGCCCCACCGCGGCCGAGCAGCCCCGGGACGGCGAGGCGCCGGCGGGCGAGCUGGUGCCCUGGGCCGCACCGGGGGAGCCGACGGCCGGCGCCUGGGCCCCCAUGGAGCUGCAAGUGGAUGUGCGCGUGAAGCCCGUUGGCGCGGCCGGUGGCAGCCGCGCACCCUCGCCCGCGCCCUCCACGCGCUUCCUCACGGUGCCGGUGCCCGAGUCCCCAGCCUUCUCCCGCCACGCCUCCCCCGCGUACCCCUUCCUGCCGCGGACGCCUUCCCCGGGCGGCACGUGGGGCCGCGGCGCGUCCCUGGCUCCAGCGCGGGCGGAGCGCGGCAGCGACACCGAGGGCCGGGCCAGCCCCACCGAGGGGCGCGCAGAGUCCCCGGGCUCCCCCACAUGCCGCUGCCACUGCCAGAAGCUGGGGCUGAAGGAGGACACCGACCUGCUGCGCCACGCCGAGCCGGACGGCGACACGAAGCUGCCCCGGGCCAUCAAGCUCAUGGGGCUGCCCAUGUACCUGAAGUCCCUGCGCUGGGCCCUGGCGGUCAUGGCCGUGUUCCUGGCAGUGUCCGCGGUCGCCAUUGUGGUCCUGGCCUCUAGAGCAGGGGCCAGGUGCCGGCCAUGCCCCCAGGGCUGGAUGUGGUCUGAGAAGCACUGCUACUACCUCUCUGCCGAAGCACAGGCCUGGGAGGCCAGCCACGCUUUUUGCUCAGCCCACCAUGCUACCCUCCCCCUGCUGAGCCACACCCAGGACUUUCUGAGCAGAUACCCAGUAUCCAAGUAUUCCUGGGUGGGGGCCCGGCGAGGCCCCCAGGGCUGGCACUGGAUUGACGGGGCCUCCUUGCCACCCCAGCUACUCCCGGAGGAAGAGGACAAGCCAGAUCUCCAGUGUGGGGGCCUGCAGGGAGGCAAGCUCGUGGCUUUGGACUGCGCCUCUCUAAGACCCUGGAUCUGUGCCAAGGGGUCCAAGUGAUCUGGGUUCUGCACAUCCUUAGAUUGUUGGGCAAGCAGCUCUCCCAGGGGUGGCCAAGUUGCAAGCCGGAGCAGCUUCCUCCCCGGACCCAGGCUUCCAGGUCUCCUGGCUCAAGAGGCCCUGCGUCACCCAGGGAGCUGGACUUCCAGUGCAGGAAGAUCACACCCAGGGAGAGGUGGCUUUCCAGGGCCCUGGGGCUGGGUGCUCAUUUUAGUCUCCACCUUCUGAAGUGGACUUGUUUGGUGUUCUUGCUAUGGUUUUUUAGCAUUUCCAAGCCUUGUUUUCCUCCCUCAUUAAAAUGGCCAUUUCCUAUU